AUGCCGGGUGGGAGGACCAUGGCCGGGGAGCUGAUAACGGCGGGGCUGAAGUCCAAAGCGGGCAGGUCCCAGGGGAGCAGGUUCCAGCCCAGGACUCACGGUGUGGCCUCUCCAAGCUCUGUUUUACUGUCACGGUGGCAGGGAUGGCUGCAGGCGGCCAAGACCCUCCUCCCCUGCGGGUCAGUGAUCAUCAACAGCUGCAGCAGCGCAGCUGAGCAGCUCUGUGACUUUGUCUGCGACUGCAGUGACUGCUCCGACGAGAACCAGUGUGGGUACCUGCGAGGCUCAGCAGUGCUGGGCACCCCCUUCACUUGUGACUUUGAGGACGGUGACUGUGGUUGGCAGGACGUGGGCACCUCAACAUACAGAUGGGUGUGGGGCCGGGCCAACCUGGCCAUGUGGGGCACAGGGCCUCACUCAGACCACACCGUGGGCACCAACCUGGGCUCCUUCUUGGUGACUGUGUCCCCCCCUGCAAAGACUGUGGCCACGGCCUGGCUCAGGUCACCAGAGAUGCAGGAAGCAGCUGCCACAUGUGAGAUCAGAGCCUGGUACCACCUCUCAGGAAGCUGUGAGGGCACCCAAGGGCUCAAUGAGAUGGAGCAGCCAGUGCUGCGCCUGGACGUGGCAUACAGGGACGAGGUGGUGGGGCUGUGGCAGAGCCCUGAGCGCAGCAGCAAGGGCUGGCACCAGCUGGUCGCCUACCCGGGCCGGAGCGGGCAGUUCCAGCUUAUCUUCUCCCUGACACAACCACCUGCCUGCGGGGCAGAGGUGGCACUCGAUGACAUCAUCUUCAGGAACUGUGGCUUGCCAGGGCCCGGGCAGCAGGACUGCGGGGCCCAGGAGAGCCGCUGCGGCCGCGGCUCCUGCGUGGCACAGCACCGCCUCUGCGACGGUACGGACGACUGCGGGGACGGCUCGGACGAGGACACGACACGUUGCAAGUCCUUCACCACCUGCUCCUUUGAGCGUGAUCUCUGCGACUGGGAGGCAGAGCCUGGGCCGCCAUCGUGGGACAGGAACACAAGCCUGAACCUGGGCACCUUGUAUGGUUUCCCCACCCGGGACCACAGCACCAACGCAGGCUGCCCCUUCCCGGUGUCUCCCACAGGGUUUUUCCUUCAUGUGAACAGUGCCCCCAACACGGGGCUCAGCGGCACAGCUCAGCUCAGCAGCCCCACUUUCCGCACCAAUUCCUGCUCUCUCAUGCUAUACUGCCACCUCCAUGGUUCGGCCAACAGUAACCUCAACAUCUUCUAUGUGACCAACUCCACCAAGCAGCUGGAGGAGAGGACAGGGGACAUGGGCAGCUGCUGGUUCCGGGAGAGAGUGGACUUCAGGGUGACAGAGGCCUUCAAGGUGCUGAUCGAGGGGGUAGCUGGCAAUGGGGCUGUGGCCAUCGAUGACCUGAUCCUGUCACCAGGCUGUGUGAAGGAGCAGGUGCCUCUCUCCAUCCUGGGGUGUGUUUCACCAUCAGGGAAGCUCCCAGUCACACUGCCGAGCCAGGCAGGUGCCAGUCCCUGUGCAGCAGGGGAGGUGGCCUGUGACAGCGGGGGCUUCGCCGCAGAGCUGGCCUGUGACUUCAACAAUACGUGCACCGACGGCUCCGAUGAGAAGCACUGCGGGGCAACAACCUUCGAGUCAGGGGCUGGGGGCUGGCACGAUGUCAGUGUGGGGCACCUGCGCUGGGGUCUGCAGAGGCGCACUGAGUCCAACACCUUCCUCACAGUGUUUCUGUGCCCAGGGUCUUUCCUGGCCCUCCAGGAAGGAGAAGGACAGAUGGUGGGUGCUGCAAAGGCACGAACUCCUCUGCUGGGCCCCUCUGGCCCCACCUGCACCAUGGAGAUGAGCUACCACAUCCAGAGUGGCCCCAAGCCAGGCUUCCUCGCUGUCCACAUCCUGGAUCACACCACCGGCACCACGCUGGCCUGGCACACGCAGGGUCGUGGUAUCACAGCCAGGGAACGUGUCCGUGUCCCCCUGGGAGAGAAGCGGCCAUUCCAGGUCGAGCUGCUGGCGCUGGUGGAUCUGCAGGGUUCGGCAAGCAUCGGCGUUGACAACGUGACGUUCGAGCAGUGCUACCUCGGCAUGGUGGCACCCACAGCUGUGGAGCUGACCUGCAGCUUUGAGAGGGACAUGUGCGGCUGGUACCAGGAUCAAUCUAGUGACUUCAAAUGGGUCCACAGCAUGGGGCAGGCAGGCUCUGACCACACCACCGGCUCAGGCUAACUUCUUGUCUGUGGACCCUCUGCACUGUGGAGCCGUGGGCAGCGGGCACAGCUCAAUCACAUCCUCCAGGAUCCUGCUGCUGCCCCACGCUGUCUCUCCUUCUGGUACCUCCUGGCUGGCCCACAGAUUGGCACCCUGAACCUCAAACUGCAGCCAGAGGGAGAGGAGGAGACAGUGCUGUGGACCUGCCGGGGGACCCAGGGCAGCAUCUGGCACCGGGCAUGGGCAACACUGCAUGCCACGGGCCAAAAGCCAUACAGGGUUGGCCUUGAGGUGCUGCGGGAUGGGUUCCUGGGGGAUGUGGGGCUGGACGACCUGGCGCUGACAGCGGGGCCCUGUGGGGCCGAGCUCUCCUGCUCCUUUGAGGCAGAGGGCUGUGGACUGGCCGCCAGCGGGCAGGGCACCUGGCAGCGACAGAGCAACGGCACUGGCACCACCGCCGGCCCCGCAGCUGAUCACACCACCGGCACCGCUGCAGGUCAUUACAUGGUGGUGAGCACGGGCAGGGACUCCCUGCCUGCGGGGCACAGGGCUGUCCUCACCUCCCAGCCCUACCAGCCCUCUGUGCCCUGACAGUGCCUGGCCUUCUGGUACCAGCUGAGCGUCAGGACCCCAGGCUCCCUUGGGGUGUUUGUGGAGCAGAGCGGGGUGCGGAGGAAGGUGCUGAGUGUGAGCACCAUGGAGGGGAGCGGCUGGCACCGCGGCCACAGCACCGUCCAGCCUGAUGGCGACUGGCAGGUGGUGUUCGAGGCAGUGGGAAGCUGGGGUGACCAUGGGUACAUUGCGCUGGACGACCUGCACGUGUCGGAUGGAGCCUGCCCUGAGCCAGCAUCCUGUGACUUCGAGCAGGAUAUGUGCGGCUGGAGCAGCCCCUCGGACCCCCACCUGCACAGCUUUGCCUGGGGCUGGAAGAGCGGGGUCCCUCUAGCCAAGUACCCCGGCCCUGAGCAGGAUCACACCCUGGGCACAAGAAAUGGUCACUAUGUGCACUUCGACACCAGUGUGCUGGGUGCAGGGGGCACCAGUGCCCUGCUGGAGAGCCAGCCCCUGCCUGCUGUCACCGACUCCUGCCUGCGGUUCUGGUACCACAUGGACAUCCCAGAGCACCUCUGUGCCUGUGUCCCCCCCCUUGCAGCCAGUGGGGAGCUGCGGGUGAUGCUGCACAGCACAGCAGGGCAGCGCAUGGUGUGGAGCGUGGAGGGACACCACAGCCGGGGCUGGCAGGGCAGCAUGGUGCCUGUGCAGAGCCCAGCGAAUCAUCUUGAGAUCACCACACAGAGGUGGCCAUUGGAGGGGACAGUGGCACUGGAUGAUAUUGUGUACAGUGCUGGGGUGGGCUGCCAUUCUAGCCCGGAGGAGCCAGUGGAAGGUGCGAGGGGGAGGCGAAAACCCUCAGGCAGCUUCGUGGCAGAGGUGGUGCUGGGUCUGCUCCUGGCCCUCGUCAUUGUUACGGUGGCUACUGGGGGCUGGUACUGGCUGAAGCAGCAAAGGCUGGCAAGCAGGACACCAGCGGAGAGUGACACUCCCCAGGGCUUGACAACAUUACCUUUCGAGAUGACAAGGUCAUUAUAUCCUCCAGUGCCAAGGGAGGGGGAUGAGGCUUGAAAUUAUCAGCCAGCAGCAGAAAUUGCCCACUCCCACCAGGCAGACCAUUCCUCAGCCAGACCCCACACUCCAGCAGCCGCCAGCUCUCUGCCCCCAGCACCAGGGAGCUGCCGUGGCCCACAGAGACACACUGCUGCCACUACCUCCAAGUGCUCGGGAAAAGCAUUUUUGUGUUUGUAACAUGAUCUUCCAAGACACAACAACGUGCCUGUGCUUUGGCAGGUGCCAGCAGCAGGAGUUCUUCCAGCGACCGUCCUUGUCCGAGCAGGGGUGAAGUGUAGGGCCCUGGUCCCAGAGCUGGGAAGAGCAGCAGGUGCUGCGCGGGGCAUGAGCCACUUUCCACACCCAGGAUGAAGCACAAGAGCUCCCAUGGCAGAGCCCCCAUGGGGAGGAAGCCCAGUAUUUCUGCUGGUUUUGGGGAGGGGGGCUCUGAGGAGGGCGAGCAGGAGGAUCAGAGCGGGGGGCACCAUGCAGCACCCCCAAGGGCAGCAUGCAGCCCCGACUCCAGUGUACAGGUGCCCACCUCCUGCCCACACACCUUGCAAGGACUCUUAACAUUUUGCCUUUAAAUGUCACUGGAAAACCCAAAAAGUUCCUGAGGCACAGGCUGGGCUCAGGGUCUGGGCCCCCACCCUGCACUAGAUCCCACCAGCCUGGGACCUCUCCCUCCCGCCAGCUCUCACACCUUAUCACUGUGAGCUCUGAAGCAGCCCGAGGCCAAACCUGCCCCCCACACACAACCUGACUCAGCUGCUGCACAACAAGCAGCCCACCAGGGUCCUGCCCCCACCAGCCCCCCAUGCCUGGCCAGAGGACACUAGAGCAUCCUGCUUUCCAGGGUGUCACCAUAGCCUGUUUCCCUGUCACCCAGCUGUGUCCCCCUUAAGUGAUGCCUCAGAGCACCAUCCCACAGCCCUGUCCUGCCUGCAGGAAUGAGCCCCCAGCAGAGCUGGGUAAGGAGGGCUCAGACACCCAU